AUGGGGAAAUUGCUGAGUCUGUUGGCACGUGACGAUUCGAAUUGUUGCUCGUCUCCUCGAUACGACAUUUUCUUGGAUUUUGAAAAUGCUGCACCCACGGACACAGAGCGCGAUGUUUUUGAAGAAGUGCAACGGGUUCUCUUGGAUUCCGAAAAGAUUUUGGAGGAGAUACAGUGUUACAAAGGAGCUGGAAAAGAAAUCCGAGAAGCUAUUGCGGACCCUUCCCGUAUUACUCAAGAACGAGCCUGGCGCGCUGUCAAACCACUGGUGGAUAAACUUCUCAGAUGUUACCAACACUCCCUAGAAUUGCAACGAGUAGUUCCCCGUCUUUUGGGUUCACUGGUAGGCGGCGCAAUGAGCCCUACCCAACAUUUGGAACAGCAGCAAGCAUUGGUCAAACAGUUCGCCGAAAUAUUGGAGUUCGUACUGAAGUUUGAUGAACACAAGAUGAAGACCCCAGCGAUCCAGAACGACUUCAGCUACUACCGGCGUAGCGUCUCCCGUGGGGGUCUCAUCAACUCGGAGCUGCCCCCGGAUGAGGAGCCCCACAUAGGCGCCGAAGUCGCCAACAGGAUGUCGCUGUUCUACGCGCAAGCGACUCCAAUGCUGAAGGUCCUCUCCGAAGCAACCAGCCAGUUCGUCAACGACAACCAGCAGGACUUGGAGAACACGACGGAGACCCUCAGCACCAUGGCCAAAGUGUGCUUGAGAAUGCUCGAAAAUCCCAAACUGGUGGCGCAAUUCAGCCGCGAGGAGACGUCCCUCCUUGUCCUCCGCGUCAUGGUGGGGCUGAUCAUACUCUACGACUGGGUGCACCCGUCUGGUGCCUUCUGCCGCUCCUCGUCUGUGGACGUGAAGGGCUGCGUGAAGUUCCUGCAGCAACAGCCGCCCGCCAAGGCGGAGCCCCUACUGAACGCCCUACGUUACACCACCAAGCACUUGAACCACCAGUCGACGCCGAAGAAUAUAAGGGCCCUCCUGGCGGCG